UUCGCAGCCAGGAGUCCCAGAUUUUUCUGGUUCCUGCGCCUGCGGACAGGCCCCCAGGGCGACUGGCUUUGUGAAGGGAACACUGAAUGCCCUCUCCACUGUCCAGGACCAAGGGCUGAGGCUACCUAAGAGCUCUCCGCCACAGGAUCUUGCACCCAAAGGACCGUAAUCUUCUCUCUGGGCAAGUGCUAGGAGGCUCUCCUCGGCUUAAAAGGCCACUUCCGAAGCGGGGGCACCCCAGGGAGGCAGCAGCGGCCAGGAUGUCCAUGCAGAGCACCAACCCCCUGAAACCCAAGGCCCCGCAUCAGCCACCUGGGAUCCCCAAGUCCCCGAGCUGUCAGCGGCGCCACACGCUCCCCGCCAGCGAGUUUCGCUGCCUCACUCUGGAGGACGCUGUCAGCGCCUUUGAGAUCGAGCGUGAAGCCUUCAUCUCUGUCUUGGGCAUCUGCCCCCUGGACCUGGAUGAGAUCCGGCACUUCCUGACCCUGUGUCCAGAGCUGUCCCUGGGCUGGUUCGAGGAGGGCUGCCUCGUGGCCUUCAUCAUCGGCUCGCUCUGGGACAAGGAGAGACUCAUGCAGGAGUCGCUGACACUGCACAGGCCUGGGGGCCACAUAGCCCACCUGCAUGUGCUGGCCGUGCACCGAGCCUUCCGGCAGCAGGGCAGGGGUCCCAUCCUGCUGUGGCGCUACCUGCACCGCCUGGGCAGCCAGCCGGCUGUGCGCCGGGCUGUGCUCAUGUGCGAGGACGUGCUGGUACCCUUCUACGAGAGGUUUGGCUUCCACGCCGUGGGUCCCUGCGCCAUCAGCGUGGGCUCCCUCACCUUCACGGAGCUCCACUGCUCCCUGCGGAACCACCCCUUCCUGCGCAGGAGCAGCGGCUGCUGAACUGGGCUGCCCACGUGAUCCCCUUCUCUGCUCUGGGCUCAUCUCAGCUUGGCUGAGCAUGGAGACAGCGGUUUCCAGAGAGUGGAGAGAGCAGGGCUAAAUAAAGAAGAGAUGGGGUGGCUUCUCAUGGCC